CUCUGAACGAACGACUACAGUUGCACCACCAAUGGGCCGUAAAAUCCCCCAUAGGUGUCUAUCAUCUAUUCAUCCAACGUGAUGUUAGUUGGGUUUUCUCGCCACACAGACAACGUUGCAUUUAUUGCCCAACGUUGAUCAAGUACGAGAACAAUGGAGUCACUUGGAGAAACCCAGUGGGAUGUAGUAAUCUCUGGGACUGGGCUUACCCAGUCACUUCUGGCUCUAGCUCUUUCUCGCUCAGGUAAACAAGUCCUUCAUGUGGACAGGAAUUCAUAUUAUGGGAGUUCAGAGGCUGCCUUCAGCCUCCAGGAGGCAGAAGAGUGGGCCACGAGGGUAAAUCAAGACACCGGGAAUCUUCCAUUUGAGGAUGCUACCGUACUCUCGCCCAACCCUUCCGGAGCAAAGCCAGGGCUUUCGUCUUCCAGGGCAUAUACACUUUCUUUGUCCCCCCAAGUGAUCUACUCCCGCUCUCGUCUAUUGCCCGCCUUAAUAUCUUCUAAAGUUUAUCGGCAGCUUGAAUUUCAAGCAGUCGGAAGCUGGUGGAUAUUCAAACCCACAAGUAGUGCAAGCAAGCAACUAUACAGAGUUCCUAGUAGCCGUGAGGAUAUCUUUGCAGACGACAUGAUUGGUGUCAAGUCAAAGCGGACACUGAUGAGAUUUCUCCGCAAUCUCAACCAGAGUCAGCCAAACAGCGAAUCAGCUGAAGAGGAUAAAUUCGCGCUAGAGGAAGAAUUGGGGAAGCCUCUUCCCGAGUAUCUCACUUCGAAGUUCCAGGUCCCAGCUGAGCUUUAUGAUCCUCUUCUUUCCCUUUCCUUAUCUCAGGCCUCUCCUCAGAAUACUUCGGCCAAGUAUGCUGUUCCCCGCAUACAAAGGCAUUUGGCAUCUAUUGGAGUGUUCGGCCCUGGGUUUGGAAGCGUCCUUGUAAAAUGGGGCGGGGGAUCUGAAAUUUCUCAAGUAGGGUGCCGUGCCCUAGCUGUUGGAGGCGGUGUAUAUGUCUUGAAUUCUGGCAUUGAGUCGGUAGAUCGGACAGAACAUGCCAGUGGGGAGGAUUCACGCAUUCAGUUGCAAUUAUCCAGUGGGGAAUCAAUUUUAACCCGCUACGUGGUUGGUUCCAGCUGGGAUCUUCCCGCACAAGUCCGGUCUCCUUGUGACUGUGAUAAAGUUGCUCGAUCGGUGACCAUUAUUUCAUCAUCUCUAGAAACUUUGUUCCCAGUAACGGCAGAAGGCGGACCUAUCCCUGCUGGGGCCGUUGUGGUAUUCCCAGCAAGCUCCCUUGGUGUUACGGACGAUUUACCCCCCGUUUAUGUUUUUGUUCACUCGAGCGAAACCGCCGAAUGCCCAUCUGGUCAAAGUGUCUUAUACAGUAGUACCAAUAUUCCUGGUCAGCAGGGGCAAUCCUUGAUUGAGAGUGCACUACAAAAGCUUCUUGAGUGCAGUACUGAACCCGAUGCCGAGAUUUUAUGGUCUCUACGUUACACCCAGCUGGGACGGGGCGACAAUGGGGGUAGUCGCCCUCUCAACAGUGUCUCCGGCAAUAUUAUCCAAUUCCCCGUAGGCAGCCUUGAUCUUUCAUUUGAUGAUUCUGUGAUUGACUCGGCGAUGGAUGCCUGGACCCUGGUUAUGGGAGAUGAAGCAUCUCCAGAGGAUUUUUUGAAAUUUGAAGAUCGAGAGGAGUACAAUGACGGGGAAUAAGGUUGUGCAAAUAUAAUCGACAUGGUGUCUGUAAAUACUCUUGUUAUGCCGUUGUAUUGCAGGCAGACAACGGCAAAAUGAAUUGCACAUGGCCGCAGGGUUUUCUUUCGACUUUGGCUCCAACUCGGACCAAUUUCGUCAGCACCUUUAUCUAACGUACAACUACAUUCUCUGAGACUAUAUAUGGUAGAACAAGAGUCAUCCAUUCUUUCAAAUACACACAC